UUUCAAAUUUUCAAUGGUAGCAAUAUGGUAUACUUAGAAGUGAGAAUUACAUUACACGCGCCUGCAGUUUCAAAGCGGAAAAUGUAUAAAUUUCUCCUCCGAUCCUCAAUCCUGGAGAAAGGCUAUACUGAAGUUCUUCUUGCAUCUCUCACUCUUCUCUCAAUUUCUCAGACACCUUUUAGCUGGUUGAAUUAAUUCCCAAAUCGGGAAGAAAAGAUGGCGUGGGGCGGCAGCUGGUUGCUUUGGGUAGCAAUGAUGUUGGCGUUGACAAUGGCUGCUCCCACUUCACAGCGUAGUCUAAGAAUGGAUAAGAAUAAUGGGAUGAAAGUGGAAACCUUUCUAUCACCUAGAUUUGAGCUGGAGCCUGGAUCGGUUUGUAAUAAAUACUUUACUGGUGUGGACUUUCCAAAAGGUCAUAUUGCCGUGAAAGGUUUUGAUGCAGAAGUAGUUGAUGAGGAAGGGAAGUCUAUCCCACUUCAUCAAACUUAUCUCCAUCACUGGAUUAUUGGAAAAUACAUGAUACGCAAAGAUGAGGUAGUAGAACCAGCAGCUCAAACGUUUAUGGUAGGGAACUCAGGGGUUUGUGCUCAACUUCCACAAUAUUUUGGGCUGGGAUCAGAGACAAGGAAAACAAACUCAAGUGUCCCGGAUCCAUAUGGAAUCGAAGUUGGGAAUUCGCCCCCGGGAUUAGAGGAAGGAUGGAUGCUUAAUGUACAUGCAAUUGAUACACGAGGCACCGGAGAAAAUAAGCUGGGUUGUGCUGAGUGUAGGUGUGAUUUGUAUAAUGUGACAAAAGAUGAGGAAGGGAGAGCUCUAGGUGACUAUCCUGGAGGCAUUAAUUGCUGCUAUGAUGGGGCGAAAUGCAGGGUGAAACCAGGAUUUCAGGGUGAAAAGAGAGGGCUCUACCUUAAGUAUACUGUGACUUAUGUUGAUUGGAACCCCUCUAUUGUGCCUGUCAAGAUUUAUAUAUUUGAUGUCACUGAUACUUUGAAAAUGUCUGAUUCUGUCCCGGGAAGACACCUUUGCCAGAUUGAAUACCAAGUUGAGGCAUGUUCUGCUGCUACGCCUACUGAUGAAUGUGUUCAUUCCAAAAGCUUAACAGUAAGUUUGCCAAAGGGUGGGGAUCUCAUCUAUGCUGUUGCUCACCAACACAUUGGAGGGGUUGGCUCUACUCUUUUUGGAGAGGAUGGACGGGUUCUGUGCAAUUCACUUCCAAUAUAUGGAAACGGAACAGAACCGGGAAAUGAAGAUGGUUACCUCGUUGGAAUGUCAACCUGUUACCCUCAACCUGGCUCGGUCAAGAUUGCUCCAAUGGAGAAGCUAACUAUUAUAUCAAAUUAUAGCAAUGUCCAGAUGCAUACAGGGGUCAUGGGCUACUAUUACAUUUUAGUUGCUGAGCCAUUGCCAGAAUCAAACCCCAUCUUUUAUUCCGUCGACGUGGCAGAUCUGAUGUAGGUAGGUUUUCAAGCUUGGAAGGCAUGAUGAUGUGUUCCUCAGAUUCUGGUAGACUCAAUGCCUCUCAAGAAUAAGAGAUCAUCAUGUGCUGUAACUUUUCUUGCAUUGUGUUAUAUGUGUGGGCAUGUAAACCCAUUUGGUAAAACCUUAGAAUGCAUUGCAAUGCCUAUGUGACAUGUACCAGUAAAACUUCUUUUUUAGUUCUCCAUGUUACAAUUUCUAUUGCUUUUUGUCUUUUUGACCUAACUUUCAAUGAAUGGUAACUAGAAAGUUUGUCGCUGCA